GUAAAUUCCGAUGUUUCAGCAUUGGAAGUGUUCAGUGUGUUCUCCCUUUCACCUUGAAAGGAGAUUCGAUUUGUUGAUAGACUACAUUCUCUUUCUUAAUCCCAAAAGUAAGACUUCGGCUUUUAAUUACGUUGUGGGCCACUUGGCGAGCGGUCAUUUUUAAGAGGAAGCAAAUGCCGAUGUUGAAGAUCUUUGUCGUCAGUUAUUCUGAAGAAGCCAUGACAGAGGUAGCCGUAUUUUGGUAUCUUCAGCAUUUCAAAUUAAUUUUUGUCUAUAGGUUUUUGCGGCUGUAGUUCACUGUACAAAUUCAGAUUUCGGGGGUGAGCCGCGUCGAAUAUUGGAAAUUAUCUAACCACGAUUGUCGCCUCUUACUGCCGCGAGGCGAUAAAUUAUUUGAAGAUAACUAUCUUCUGGGAUGUUGAGCCGAGUACUCUUAUAGCCGUUUUCUGACAUUUCGGAGGUGCUUGCUGCCACCAUCUUCAGGGCGAUGAGACCGCCGUGAGAAUUUGAAAUCACAGCGAUAACUAAUUUUAUCGUAGUAAUUUUUAGGACCUUAUAACCACUUCAGUAGCAUUAAUUUGGAAACAUUCAUACGGGUAUACCGUGUAGUUUUCAAUUUAGUCUGUAAACAGGAUUGAAGUUUAUUAUUUAACUGGUUUGAUGAAGAAUUUUCAAGUGAAGUGAGAGAGUCUUGAAACAGUGAGAUAAAGUGUGAAGUGUGAAGUGGGCUGAAAUAUAUGAUGCCAGAUCGCCAUGUUGAAGUGGGUACGAGGUGAUACAGGAGGAACGGACGCACGAAAAAGAGUUGGGGGUUCCGAUCCACGCGUGGCAACAUGCCGUGGCAAACUGCAGAACAAACGCUCCAAGCUCAAUCAGGAGAUCAACAAAGAGCUAAGACUCCGAGCAGGCGCAGAAAACCUUUUCAAAGCUACUACAAACAGGAAGCUGAAAGAAACGGUGGCUUUGGAGUUGAGUUUUGUCAACUCAAAUCUGCAGCUCCUCAAAGAACAACUUGCGGAACUGAACAGCUCAGUGGAGCUUUAUCAAAAUGACAGCACUGAACCUGUCAUGCCCAUGAUUCCACUUGGCCUGAAGGAAACCAAGGAAAUCGACUUCCGGGAACCUUUCAAGGAUUUCAUUUUGGAACACUACAGUGAGGAUGGGAGCCAGUAUGAAGAUUCCAUAGCAGAGUUCAUGGACAUUCGGCAGGCAAUGCGGACACCUCUGCGGGACAGUUCAGGUGUGGCGCUAUUGUUCCAAUAUUAUAAUCAACUGUACUUUGUGGAGAGAAGGUUUUUCCCUCCUGAUCGGAGCCUUGGCAUUUAUUUUGAAUGGUAUGAUUCUCUAACUGGAGUACCUAGCUGUCAGCGCACCGUGGCAUUUGAGAAAGCCUGCGUACUGUUCAACAUGGGUGCAGUAUACACGCAGAUUGGAGCAAAACAGGAUCGCCUGACUCCCAAAGGAUUGGACAGUGCUGUAGAUAGUUUUUUACGAGCUGCCGGAACAUUUCGGUAUAUUCACGAGAAUUUCACCAAUGCACCCAGCAUGGACCUUGGACCAGAAAUGCUGGAUAUGUUGUCACAACUAAUGCUGGCACAGGCUCGUGAAUGCUUAUUUGAGAAACUGGAACUGCAGUCACGUGAACGGAGGGAUGUUGACUUGUGUUUGGAUCUUGCCCAAGAAGCAGCACAGGUGUCUGACGUGUACAGCAAUGUACAUGCUUUAAUCUCAUCUGCUCCAGUCAAAGACUAUGUUCCCUAUUCUUGGGUGUCUCUUGUUUUGGUGAAGCAGGAGCAUUAUUCAGCUGUGGCACAUCAUUACGUUGCUGUUGGAAUUCUGAGCCGGGAACUGAAUCAACUCAGUGACAGGACCAAGGAUGCUCUACAGUAUCUCCAUGGAGAUUCUGACCCAAAGACACAGCUGGAAAUCCGAGUCCCACAAGACGAUGCAGAAAGAAAGUUAUUAGGCCGUGCCCACUUACGUGAAGCACUGCUAAGACAUGAAGAAAGUCAACGACUACACAGAAUGUGCAGAGAACUCAAGGGCAAGGCAGCACUUGCAGGAGUGCUAAAAAAGUCUCAUAGCCGAGCCUUGGAAGCGUAUACAUCGGCAGAGGAAGAAGAUGAUUUCCGAGAGUUACUAGAUCCUCCACAAAUUCUAGCAUCUACCAAAUUCCAGCUGUCACUGACGCCACCAGACUUCUCUCAGUUCCGUGUAGACGACCUAUUUCGUUUUCUUGGACCAGUAGCCAUCUUUUCAGCAAAACAUCACUGGACAGCACCAAGAUCUAUUCAGUUGCAAAGGCUUGGAGGAGGUGAAGGAUUUGGAUUCUCGGUCCGUGGUGAUGGGCCUGUUAUAGUAGCUGGAGUGGAUCAAGGAAGCCUUGCUGAUUUCGGAGGAAUGAAAGAAGGCGAUUUCAUAGUCACAAUUGGUGACCAAGAUGUCAAGUGGUCUCCACAUGAAGAUGUUGUAAAACUAAUAAAAGAUGCUGGAGACACACUUAGCCUCAAACUUGUAACACCCAUGGACAGAAAUUACCUGAAGCAACCUAAAGGUGGACCAAAGGGCUCAGUUUCAACUAGCAGUAGUUCAAGCUCAGGGGUAUCAAGUGGACAGCCCAGCCCUGCAGGCAGUGUAACAAGCCACCACCAACAUAAGAAACUCACAUGGAACCCAUUUAGAAGAGUGUCUGGUCAACGGGACUCCAAGGAGCAGGGAUAUGACACAAAUGUCAUAUUGAGGUGAGGUGGUUGUCAAUCACUGCAGUUUCAGCCAAAGAGAAAGAAAGGAAUCAACAUUAACUCAGUGUCGAUAUGACAGUGAUUAUGCCUACUGCAGUAUUUACAAGAGGACUGAUCAGUGUGAUUAGAUAUCUUUCUAGUUACAUUACUUAAUUUGAUUUUUAGAACAAUAAAAAUUAGAAGUAUAACAUUCACAAAUUUCUAUUGAAAGACACUUGAGCAGAGAUAAUUAUGCAGAAUUAAUAUUAAAUAAAAGCCUUUUAUAAAGUACAAAAUUGAAAAGAGAGAACCAUGAUUCUAAAAUAUUAGAAUAAGCAUAUUUGCAUUCUUAAUCAGAACACUGUCAAUUUUGAAUUAAUAACAUAACAAAUUCACUUAUUGAAAAACUUUUUAUGAAGGUAUAUCAAAAUGUGAUUGAUAUUGCUUAAAAACAGAUUUUGGUUUUACGAUAUCCACAAGAUUUGUUCUCAUAUGCAGUAGUAGCAUUCAGAAAGAAAUUGGUAUCCUCCAGUAUUGACAACCAUCUCUGAGUGAAACAAACCUUACCUUCCCGUCACAACUACAUAUUGUGUCAACAGAAAAAAGGAAACUGAGUGAAUCCAAGAAGUUUGAAAGCUAAGUGUUCCAAGUUACCAUAUUAAUGGUACACCUGGCUUGGGGACGUGGACAGAGUUCCCUUAAAAGUGUAAGUCUAGGUAGUAUAUAAUAUUGUGUACAUAUUAUAAUGCAUUAUGUAAAAAUUUAUAUAAAUAUACAUUAUAAAGUGUACAGAUUGCUCAGUAACCAUGUAAUUAUGUAUUUGAAGUGCAAAUGUAUUUUGCAGUAUUUACUCUAAAAUGCAAGUAAGUCAGUACAAAUUGAUUGUAUAUGCCUUAUGACAAAUAUAUUAUACUGAAUUUGU